AUGGGUCGUGUUCAGGAAGUGGGCUGGGUGACCGCAGGACUGAUGAUCUGGGCUGGUGCUUGCUACUGCAUUUACAGAUUAACCAAGGGAAGAGCCCAGAGUGUGAGGAGACUUGCCAGAAAUGGGUCCAGAGUCAAAAUGGAGACUGUGGUUGGGAUACAGAACCAGACCUUGGCGAUGUGUGAAGCCAUGGUUGGGACAGAGAUUGAGACUAGACCCAAGCCCAAGACUGGAGCAGAAACUGGAGCAGGAGGUGGGGCUGAAGUAGAGACUAAUACCACUGCUACAGCCAGAAUCAAAGCCAACUCUCAAGCCAAGGCAAUGGCUGAGGCAGAGACAGAGACCCAAUCUGAGACCAAAACAGUGGCUGGAACAGUGGUCAUAACAGAGGCAGUGAUUCUGACUGAGGCCAAAGCCAGUGAAGUGGCCAUGAAAGAAGCAGUGACCCAAACUGACUCUGAGUCUGGGAGACUAGUCAAGAAAGAGGCAGUGACCCAGACCAAGGCUAAAGCUUGGGCACUUGGUGCUAAGGCAGAGACCAAGAAAGAAGCAAUGACCCAGACCAAAGCAGAAACUCGUAUAUUGGCUGAAAAAGAGACAGAAAUGAACAGACUGAUGGUGACACAGAAUGAGGCCUUGGCAGUAAUCAGGGAAGUGGCCAAGAUGGGUACCAUAAACAAGAUUGGAAGUGUGGCUGAGACCAAGUUGAGAGCCCUGGAAGAGACUGUGAGUGUGGCCAAGACUCAGUCUGAGGCCAGGUCUGGUACCUCAGUUGAUGCUAAGGGAAAUCAUAACACCAAGUCCAAGGCAGAAUCUGGAGCAGACAUGAAGUCCUGUGCACUGUCUCAGGCUGUGGCCAAGAUCCAGGUUGAUGACAUGCUUGGUACUGGGGUUGAGGCCAAGGGGAAUUGCAAAACUGCGUCUCAGGCAGGGUCUGUGGCAGAUAUGAGGGCUUCUGCUCAGCCUCAGAUUGUAGCCAAGACUGAGGCUGUGCCUGGGGCAAUGGUUGAUGCUGGGGUUAAUACCAAUGCCAUGUGUGAGGCAGGGGUUGGGGCAGGUACAAGUGCUUCUACACAAUCUCAGACUGUGACCAAGAAACAGGCUGAGACAAUGUCUAGUGCCAGGGUUGAUGAUAGGGGAAAUAACAAUGUCACAUCUAGGGCAAUGACUGGAGCUGACACAAGGGCUGCCGCUCAGCCUCAAGCUGUAGCCAGUGCUCACGCUGAGGCUACGUCUGAUGCCAGGGGUAAGGGUAGAGGCAAUUCCAAUGCCGUAUCUAAGGUGGGGGUUGGGACAGACACUGAGUCCUAUACACAGCCUCAGCCUAAGGCCAAUGUCCAGGCUGAUGCCUUGCCUGAUGACAGGAUUAAGGCUCAGGGCAAUGCCAACACCAAGUCUAAAGCAGAGGCUGGGACAGACACAAAGGCACAGUCUCAGACUUCCACUAAGAGCCAGGCUGAGGCUCUACCUAGUACCAGAGGUAAAGCUAGGGGCAAAGCCAAAGGCAAGUGUAAGGCAGGGGUCGGAGCAAACAUGAAAACCUGUGCACAGCCUCAAGCUGGGGUCAAGGCCCAAGCUGAAAUUUUCUCUGAUUCCAGGACUGAUGGCAGGGGCGAUCCUGAUACCAUUUCUGGGGCAGAGGCUAAGGCAGAACUAAGGGCCUGUGGUCAGCCUCAGGAAAUGGCCAGUUCCCAGGACGAGGCCUUGCCUGGUGCCAAGAAGAAGGUCCAGGACAAUCCCAAUGCUGUGUCUAAGUCAGGGGCUGGGCCACAUGCAAAGAGCUCUGCACAGCCCCAGGCUAUGGCCAAUACCCAGGGGGAAGCCUUGCCUGGUGUCAAGAAUAAAGUCCGGGGCAAUCCCAAUACUGUGUCUAAGGCAGGUACUGGGCCAGAUACAAAGGGCUCUGCCCAGCCUGAAACAGAUACAACAAGCUCUGCUCAGCCCCAGGCUGUGGCCAAUUCUCAGGGUGAGGCCUUGUGUGGUACUAAGAAUAAGAUCUGGGGCAAUCCUAAUGCUGUGUCUAAAGCAGGGACUGGACCAGAUACAAAGAACUCUGCCCAGCCCCAAGCUGUGGCCAAUUCCCAAGGUGAGACUUUGCCUGGUGUCAAGAUUAAAGUCAGGGGCAAUCUCAACGCUGUGUCUAAGGCGGGGACUGGGCCAGAUACAAAGGGCUCUGCCCAGCCUCAAACAGAUACAACAGGCUCUGCUCAGCCCCAGGCUGUGGCCAAUUCCUGGGGUGAAGCCUUGCCUGCUACUAAGAAUAAGGUCCGGGGCAAUCCCAAUGCUGUGUCUAAAGCAGGGGCUGGGCCAGAUACAAUGUGUUCUGCCCAGCCUCAAACAGAUACAGCAAACACUGUCCAGCCCCAAUCGGUGGCCAAUUCUCAGGGUGAGGUCUUGCCUGGUGCCAAGAAUAAGGUCAGGGGUAAUCCCAAUGAUGUGUCUAAGGUAGGGUCUGGGCCAGAUACAGUGGGCUCUGUUCAGCCCCAAGCUGAGUCUAAUUCCCAAGGUGAAGCCUUACCUGGUGCCAGAAAUAAGGUACGGGGCAAUCCCAAUGCUGUGUCUAAGGUAGGGUCUGGGCCAGAUACAAAGGGCUCUGCCCAGCCUCAGGCUGCAGCCAAUUCCCAGGGUGAGACCUCAUAUGGUACUAAGAAUAGGGUCCGGGGCAAUCCCAGUGCUAUGCCUAAGGCAGGGGCUAGGCCAGAUACAGCAGACUCUGCCCAGCCUCAGACAGAUACAACAGGCUCUACUCAGCCCCAGGCUGUGGCCAGUUCCCAGGGCGACGCCUUGCUUGGUGCCAGGAGUAAGGUCAAGGGCAAUCCCAAUGCUGUGUCUAAAGCAGGCACUGGACCAGGUACAACAGGCUCUGCCCCACCCCAGGCUGUGACCAAUUCCCAGGGUGAGGCCUUGCUUGGUGCCAGGAGUAAGGUUAGGGGCAAUCAUGUUGCUGAGUCUAAGGUAGAGGCUGGAGCAUGUACGAUGGGCUCUGACCAGUGUCAGUCUGUAGCCCAUUCCCAGAGUAAGACCUCGUCUGGGGCAAAGGACAAGGCUAUGCGUAAGUCUGAGGCAGAAGCCACAGGAGAUGCCUCUGUAAAGCCUAAGGCUAAGGCCACGCCCACUUCUGAGAGUGAGGGUGGGUCAGGCACUCAGGCCUGCAAAAAGUCUCAGCCUAAGGUCCAUGACUACUACUGGAAUGGGAUUGGUGUUGAGGACUGGAUUGCUUCUGAGCGGUGGAUCAAAUUUAGGUUUCAGGCUAGGGAUGGAUACUGGGAGAAUAGCAUGUCCUGGGCUGAUGAUGAGAAUGAAGCCAAUGUUGAAUCCUGGAGUGCAGCUAGGGGUGAGAAUGAGGUUGGUAUUCAAUCCUGGGCUGGAGCUGGGGACCAGGCCAGUGGAGGGCUCUGGGCUGGGAGUCAUGCCAGUGAACAGUCCUGGGCUGGGAACAAGGCUGUUGGAGGGUCCUGGACUGUGGCUGAGAACCAGGCCAGUGGGGCUUCUUGGGCUGGCACUGGCAACCAGGCUGUUGUGGUGCCCUGGACUGGAGCUCAGGCCAGUGAGAGUUCCUGGGCUGGGGGCCAGGCCAGUGGGGUAUCCUGGACUGGGGGAGAGACCAUUGGAGUGUCCUGGACUGUGGUUGAGAAUCAGGCCAAUGGAGCAUCCUGGGCUGGGGCUACAGCUGGGAAUGUGGUUAACAUUGGGUACUGGGCUGUGGCUGUGGACCAGGCUACUGGAGGGUCCUGGAUUCUGACUAGUGAUCUGUCUGGCGGUGCAUCCUGGGUUGGGACUAGUGAUUUGUCUGGUGGUGGAUCCAAGCCUAGACUUGAGGAUCAGACCAAUGAAAAUGUGUCCUGGGCUGGAGCUGGGCUGCGGCCUGAAAACCAGUCCAGUGGAAGGGCCUGGGCUGACACUGAGGACCAAGCCAGUGGAGGCUCUGGGCUAGGGCUUGUGGAUGAGUCCAGUGGUGGGUCCUGGGCCAGUGGGGGUUCUUGGACUGGGACUGGUGAUCAGCCUGGUGGUGGGUCCAAGCCUGGAUUUAAGGAUCAGGUCAGUGAAGAAGAGUCUUUGGCUGGGGCUGGUAGCCAGGCUGGUGGAGGGACUAGGUCGGGGCCUGAGGACCAGUCCAGUAGAGGGUCUUGGGCUGACUCUGGGGACCAAGCCAGUGGAGGUUUCUUGGUUGGGGCUGUGGACCAGGCCAAUGAAGUCUCCUGGGUUGGACCUGGGCAUCAGGCUGGUGGUGAGACAAAGCCUAGAUAUGAGGAUCAGGCCAAAUCUGGAAGAGUGUCUUGGGCUGACAGUGGGGGCCAGGCUAGUGGAGGCCAGGCUAGUGGAGGGUCUACACUGGGGCCCAGGGACCAGUCCGUUGGAGAUUCCUGGGCUGGCAUUGGGGACCAGGCCAGUGGAGGAUCCAGGCCAGUGCUCAAGGAUCAGUUCACUGGAUGGUUCUAUGCUUGCAGUGGGAGUCAGGCCAAUACAGGAGGGUCCUGGGGUGGGGCUAGUGGCCAGGCCAUUGGAGGGCCUGGGCUCGGGCCCAUGAACCAGUCCAGUGGUGGGUCCUGGGCUGAUACUGGGAGUCAGGUCAGUGGAGAGUCUUGGGCUGGGGCUGGGGAUCAGGCUGGUAGCUGUUCCAAACCUGGAUUUGAGGAUCAGGCCAGUGGAGGAGCGUUCUGGUCUGGUGCUCAGGACCAGGCCAUUGGAGGGUCUAGCCCAGGGCUUGCAGACCAGCCCAGUGGUGGGUCCUGGGUUGGUACUGGGAGUCAGGCCAGUGGAAGGUCCUGGAUUGUGGCUGGGGAUCAAGCUGGUAGCUGUUCCAAACCUGGGUUUGAGGAUCAGGCUAGUGGAGGAGGCUCCUGGGCUGGCACUGGGGAUCAGACUUGUGGAAAAUUCUGGGCUGGGUCUAAGCCUGGGAAUGAGGCCAGUAGAGGGUCUAGCCUAGGGCCUGAAGAGCAGAAAAGUGGAGGUGCCUGGGCUAGGCCUGGAAACCAGACCAGUAGAAGGUCUCAGGUGAGUGCUGGGACAGAGGCCAAUGAAGGAUCCUGGUUUGGGGCUGGGAGUGAGGCUAGUACAGGGUCUUGGUUCUGGAGAGGGGAAGAAGCUGGUAUUGUGUCUAGCCCUGGAGAUAAAAAUGAGGCCAGUAUUGAAUCCAGCUCAGUGGUUAGGGAAGAGGCUAUCACUAGUUCUGGAUUUGGGGCUGAGAACAAAAACAGUAUUGGGUCCUGGAUCAGAUCUGAUGAGGCUGCCUGUAUGGAUUCCUGUGUGGGGGCUGAGGCUGGGGCUGGGGUUGGGGCCGAGGUCAGGCAGGAGUCUUGGCUCUGGGAUGGAGAUACAGCCACUACAGGGUCUAGGCUUGGGGUUGGGGAAGAGGCUGGCAUGGGGUCCUUGACUUUGGCUGGGGAUGUAGAUGAGGAUGAGCUAAGUAGAGCAUCUAGCCCUGAUAUUGAGGAGAUAAGUUUAAGGUCCUUGUUUUGGGCUGAGAGUGAGAACAGUAAUGCAUUCAGAUCUAAGCGUGAGAAAGAUGUCAAUUUUGAGCGUAGGGCUGGAGAUAAGGCCAGCACCAAGGAUAAGCUUGAAGCUGCUGGUGGAGUCGAUGUAAAGUCUUGUUUCUGGGAUAGAAAUGAAAACAGAAGUGAGGACAAAUCUGCACCUAAGACUAAAGCCAAAAAGUCAGCUGAGUCAAGAGUCACAUAUCCAUCUAUGGUCCCUGGGGCAGGAAUGGGGUCAUGGGCGGGAGCCAUGAUCUGGACAGAAAUGAAAUUUCCAUACCAAAAUGAAUCCUGCUUCCCACCUGAAGAUGAGCUCAGAAAGCAGAUCAGGUCUGGGGAGAAAACUCAGCCUUGGGCCUGCCGCUGUAGACGUGAAACUAAUAUGGAUCCACGAGAGCUUGAAAAACUCAUUUGCAUGAUUGAGAUGACUGAAGAUCCUUCUAUUCAUGAAAUAGCCAAUAAUGCUCUGUAUAACAGCCGUGAUUACCCAUUCUCCCAUGAAGUCAUUCGUAAUGCAGGUAGAAUCUCAAUUAUUGAAGGCUUGCUCAAUAAUCCCUAUCCCAGUGUUAGGCAGAAGGCUUUAAAUGCACUGAAUAACAUCUCGGUGGCUGCUGAAAAUCACAGGAAGGUUAAAACAUACUUAAACCAAGUAUGUGAAGACACCAUCACCUAUCCCUUGAAUUCAAAUGUGCAGCUGGCUGGAUUGAGAUUGAUAAAGCACCUGACUAUUAUUAGUGAAUAUCAGCAUAUGGUUACAAAUUACAUUUCAGAAUUUCUUCGUUUGUUAACUGUGGGAAGUGGAGAAACUAAAGACCAUAUUUUGGGAAUGCUUUUAAAUUUCUCUAAAAAUCCAUCUAUGACAAAAGACUUGCUCAUUGCCAAUGCACCAGCAUCACUGAUUAAUAUCUUUAGCAAGAAAGAAACAAAGGAAAAUAUUCUUAAUGCUCUUUCACUAUUUGAAAAUAUAAAUUACCAUUUUAAAAGAAGAGCAAAAGUAUUUACCCAGGACAAAUUCAGUAAAAAUUCCCUUUAUUUCAUAUUCCAACGACCUAAAGCAUGUGCCAAGAAACUUCGAGUCUUAGCAGCAGAAUACAAUGACACUGAGGUGAAAGAAAGAGUUGAGCUAUUAUUAAGUAAACUCUGA